AUGUCAAGAUCCAUUUAUUCAAAAAUAGCUGAAAAGAGAGCCAAUUUAGAAUUAUUAAGAGAAUUUAAAGAAUUAACCAAUGAAUUGUUAGCUGAAUUGGAAUUUAUUGGGUCGAAUUUAGAAGUUGUUCAGGAUGGUACUAGUUCUGUUGCUAUUGUUUUAUCAAAUUGGCAAAACGUUAUACAAAAUAUUCAAUUGGCAAGUCUUGGAUUAAUAAAACAACAACAAUCAGGUGAGAAAUAUCCUGAACCUUUGGUACGAAUUAAUUUGAAUAAUGAUGGUGAGAAUGAUAAAUCACAAGAAGAUAUUGAACAACAUGAAAAUGAAGAAGAUGAUGAAGAAGAAGAAGAGGUGUCUGAAAAUGAAACAUGA